AUGAUGAUGCGUCGUUUGUUGUCUCCUUCUCUGCGCUGGCGAGGCAGCCGCAGCAUCGCGCUAGCAGCAGCAACAACCGGCUGUCUUUCUUUUGUUGCUAUAAAAAAAUUUAGAGAAGCGAUCGCUGUCACCGGCAAUGCAGCGGAUGUACAGUCCCCCAAUAAGCUGUUUUGUUUACGUUUGGUGUUUGGGAGAGCUCGCUCGCGGCUGCUGGGCCGCCUCAUGGCCUGGCGCAUCCCCGUCUCUCUGCGGCCGCUGCUGAUGUCUAUCUUUCUUCACCUACAGCCUGCAGCAGCAGCAGACAGCCGAUACCCCCUGGUUGCUUAUGAGUCUUUUGGUGAGCUCUUCUGCCGCACGCUGCGGGACAGAGCCAGAGAGAUAAUGGACCUCUCUCCUCUCGCCAUGGUGAGCCCGUGCGACUGUACUGUGUCUGUGUUGGGGGAGGUUGACGGGGAUCGGAUCCCACAAGUAAAGGGCGCCACAUACAGCCUCAAGGCCUUUCUCGGUAUUAACCCCAAAACACAAGAAAACAAUAAAGAUAUAUUUAGCGUACAAGAAAGAGUAAUCCUCAGCGGCAGCUGGGAGGGGGGGGCGAUGCACAUUGCUGCUGUUGCUGCCUGCAACGUGGGGGACAUAAGGCUGGAGAAAGAGCCCGAUCUGAGAACAAACCAAGACCGUGUGGUGCUGAGGCAUUUGGGGGGAGAUGUAGACAUCAGGACGUACAGAGGCAGCAGGAGACAAGAUAAGAGCAGGCAGCAGGCUGGGGGGGGUGGGGCCCCCAGUGGUAGCUAA